AUGUACCUCAGAGGCUCGAACCCCUUCGACCUCCACAAUGCUGAGGUGCUCAAACAUCAACCACUUCAAGACCCCAGCACCCAACUCCGAUAUCUAUAUCUGCUUCCAAGAACUCACAACAUCGACUUCCACGGACAAACCGUUGUUCGCUGCGAGCUUUUAUCCGAUGUCGAAGAGCAAGCGCCCCGCUACAUCGGCUUAUCCUACACUUGGGGUGACCCUCAAAUUCGUCGUCCAAUCAUCGUCGGUGACAAGAUCUUCCAAGCUACUGCAAAUCUUGCCAUCGCUUUGGAGCAUCUGCAAGAUGACAGAAAGACAAUCAUAUUCUGGAUAGACGCCAUCUGUAUCGACCAAAGUAACCUGAACGAGAAGAGCAUACAGGUUCAGCGAAUGGGCCAUAUCUUCGCGUCUGCCGCUCUUGUCAUUGCUUGGCUUGGACCUGCAGCAGACGAGAGCGAGCUGGCAUUACGAGAACUGAUGCGCUACAACAACGACAAGCCGGAUUCUUAUGAAGAGCUGAAACACACAUUUAGGGAAAGAUGUGCAGCUCUACCCAUUAAAUCAAUCAACGCUUUUUUCGAUCGCCAAUGGUUCAAGCGCGUGUGGGUCGGCCAAGAAGUUGCGCUAAACAAACAUGUUACAUUCGUCUGUGGUCAACUCGACAUUCAGCGAGAAGAACUACUUGCAUGCUUCUGGACAUUCGUGUUUUCAAGCUCACAGUCUCAGCAAGAGUCAUUUGCUUUCGAUCUGUUAACUUCCGCGAUGGCCACUCAGCAAGAAGAAGCGAGGGUUAUGCUAUCUCUGGACACGGUCCGCCAAGCGCUUGAUGACAAAGAGCGAUGGGGCCAAGAGGAUGCUGAAAAAGCCGUGUUCGAUCUCUCAAGCGGUAUGUCAGUCUUUAAGGAACUCGUUGAGGAUGAUGAGACUUGGGAAGACGAUUUAUACGAGUCGUAUAAAGCUUUCCGGGGUCUUAAGACUCUACCCAGCGAUGUGGACGAUCCAAGGCAGUGGCGAAGAGAUGCGAGCCGUGCCUAUCUCAGAGUUCUUCAGGAGUCAAAUGCCAAGAACUUCUUCGUGACCGCUACGGAUAUUGUUGGUACAAGUCGGGAUGAGGUGCAGCCUGGUGACUGGGUAUGCGUACUUGGAGGCGUUUGGGGAGUACAUAUCCUUCGCGAGGUAGACGGGGGCUUUUAUCGAAUCGUUAGUAUUGCCAACGUCUUUCCUUGGGAAGAUGUUAAGAACAGCGAUGCAUCGGUCGAGACUAUCACUAUUGUCUAA